GUUACCUGCACGCCUUCGAAGCAGAUUUGACAAGUCUUAAAACUGCCCGGUGAUGAAGCUUACGAAGCUCUGAGGCGGGAGGGAAAACAGUAAUGAGGUACACAGUUUGUGGAGGAAAUUACCGCUAUUCUGUAGUACCCCCUUAACGCGGCCUGAGCUUGGCGUCGACCAAGCUUCUUUGGGCGAACCCCCUGUCACCACUGCCUGCAGCCCCCGCCUAAACGGACGCCUGGACUGGAAAACCUCGAAAAAAAUAUCAAGGUUAAGCAGCAGCUCCAGUUCAGCACCACCACCAACAAGGCCGCAUUCACGUCGCUUUUUACCCACCCACCAGACUUGCACCCCACCACCGGUUUUGCGAAUAUGUCUGCUGCGCAGCUUCUCAACCCGAAAGCCGAGUCGAGGCGGCGGGGCGAGGCCCUUAAGGUCAACAUCAGUGCCGGCGAGGGUCUUCAAGAUGUCCUCAAGUCCAACUUGGGUCCCCUGGGAACGAUAAAGAUGCUUGUCGAUGGAGCGGGCCAGAUCAAGUUGACAAAGGAUGGAAACGUUCUACUGCGCGAGAUGCAAAUACAGAACCCCACGGCGGUCAUGAUUGCGCGGGCCGCGACAGCGCAAGACGACAUUUGUGGCGAUGGCACAACAUCAGUUGUUCUACUCGUCGGCGAGCUCCUGAAGCAGGCGGAUCGAUAUAUCUCGGAAGGCCUGCACCCCAGGAUAAUCACGGAUGGAUUCGAGAUUGCCAAGAACGAGGCUCUGAAGUUCCUCGACACUUUCAAGCUCCCCAGGGAGGUCGACCGCGAGCUCCUUCUUUCCGUUGCGAAGACUUCUCUGGCCACCAAGCUUAGCGCCAGCUUGGCCCAGAGCCUUACGCCUGAUAUUGUCGACGCCGUCCUCGCGAUCUACCAAGCUCCCGCGAAGCCUGACUUGCACAUGAUCGAGAUUAUGAAGAUGCAGCAUCGCACUGCCUCGGACACGCAGCUCAUUCGCGGCCUUGCUCUCGACCAUGGCGCAAGACAUCCUGAUAUGCCAAAGCGGGUCGAAAAUGCGUUUAUCCUGACUCUCAACGUCAGUCUAGAAUAUGAGAAGUCGGAGAUUAACUCGGCCUUUUUCUACUCGAGCGCUGAGCAGCGGGACAAGCUGGUCGAAAGCGAACGUAGAUUCGUGGAUGCCAAGUUGAAGAAGAUCGUUGAGCUGAAGAAAGAGGUCUGCGGCAACGACGGCAAGAAGAACUUUGUCAUCAUUAACCAGAAGGGUAUCGACCCCUUGUCGCUGGACGUGCUAGCCAAGAACGGCAUCCUCGCCCUCCGGAGAGCCAAGAGAAGAAACAUGGAGAGACUACAGCUGGUUUGCGGAGGUGUCGCGCAAAACAGCGUGGAGGAUCUGAACCCUGACAUUCUCGGCUGGGCGGGCCUUGUCUACGAACAACAGCUGGGCGAAGAGAAGUACACAUUCAUCGAGGAUGUGAAGCAGCCCAAGUCCGUCACCCUCAUGAUUAAGGGCCCCAACCAGCAUACCAUCACUCAGGUCACAGAUGCGGUCCGGGACGGCCUGCGCAGUGUCUACAACAUGAUUGUCGACAAGAGCGUCGUGCCGGGUGCUGGUGCCUUCCAGGUGGCCUGUGCCGCCCAUCUUAAGAGCGACGCGUUCGCGAAGACGGUAAAGGGCAAGGCGAAGUGGGGUGUGGAGACGUUUGCGGACGCACUUCUCAUCAUCCCGAAGACUCUUGCUGCCAACGCUGGUCUUGAUAUCCAGGAUGCUCUGGCUGCUCUUCAGGACGAGCAGGCCGAGGGCAACAUCGUGGGUUUGGACCUGUCAACUGGCCAGCCCAUGGACCCGAUACUGGAAGGAGUGUACGAUUCGUUCCGGGUCCUGCGAAAUUCCAUUGCCUCGAGCUCGGGUAUUGCGUCGAACUUGCUGCUUUGCGAUGAGAUGUUGAAGGCAAGACAGAUGAGCCGCGCGGCUGGCCCAGGGCCUGGUAUGGACGGCCCUGAGGAGUAAAUAAUGACCCUUGGUCUGUCUCUGUAAGAUACCUACUUUAACCAAAGUAUUCAGCGACAGAUUUAAUUGCAGAAAAACAUGUGGUGAGGAUCAACCAUGUGCCCGGCCAAGGCUGCCCUUGAAGUGACAUGCCGCCAAGCAUUUCAGUGGCCCACGACAGAUUGGCGGGGCGUGCAGAUUUUACCCCGCCA